AUGGCGCGCACCCGCUCCAAGGGCGGCGCAACCACAACCACCAAAUCAGCCUCAAAGUCACAGUCCUCGGCCAGCACAGAAUCGAGAUACACCCUCCCCGACGAAUCGCCAAACCCGCCCAAGAUCUUCAUCCUCCCCAGGAAAGCCACCCCGGAGGCCCGCGUGGUAUCCCUACUCAACCCUCGCUACGGCAAGCCGACCCGCUACCUCGUAUGCCCCUCGACGGGCGUCUACGAGUUCACUCGCAUCGCCGCCCCGAAGAGCACCCCGCGGAGCUGGCUGAUUGAGCACAGCACUUCCUCCCCCACCACCAGCAACUCAGAACCACCUUCUGCCUCCCAACGUGAGGAGAAAGACGAGGAGACGACGACAACCGAGAAGGGCCAGGAUGAGGACGAGUUCGGAGCAUACAUCACCAGGGGCGCCGAGCUCUUUGUCGCCACGCCCGUCGACCCGGUCUUCUUGGUUCUGCCGGCGCUGAGUUCGAGCUCGGCUGAGGAGGGCGGCGCGAGCAACAAAAAGAAGAAGCUAUUUCUGUCGAGCGACGACCACUUUGACAACCUGGCGCGCGGGGGUCAAGACGCCCUGUCGCCACACCUCGGCGAGGUCCUGCGCUGGGGCAACAUUAGGGCGCUGUUCGAGAGCCGCAUGGCCGUCGUUUGCGACACGGUCGACGCCGGCGACGAGUCCAUGUACCGCCUGAGCGAGGAGAAGCUGCUGGCCGUGCUGCUGGACAAGGCCCGCAGCAUGAGCACGACAUCGCUGCCGCCCAGCAUGGAGGAAAAGUUCGUGGCCAAGGCCCUGGAAGCGCCCGUCUUGAGCGUCAAGCGGGAGACACCUGCUGCCGCACCCCAGGCGUCUACGGAAACACCAGCCUCACAGUCCGCGGUCUCGACGCCCAAGGUCGAGAAUUCCGAGUCGCAAUCAUCCGUCUCCUCCGCCGACACGACAUUGACCACUGUCUCGGACGCCUCCACGGCCGCCACGUCGGUCGCGGUGGCCGAGGAGGAGGCGGCCAACUCGGAAGCCUUCGAGCUCAAGCCGGCCAUAGUGGCGUCGCCCGAGGUCAUCUCGCUGCAGCGCCUGCGGACGGCCCUGUCCUUCAUCCUGUCGUCGUACGUGGCGCCGGCCCAGGCGGCGCGGCUGCGGGAGCAGCUGGGGGCGCGGGCGGAGCUGCAGGCCGAGUUCGGGCCGCUGGACGACUACCUGGGGCGGGUGGCGGCGCUGCGCCAGGAGGCCGUGGCGGCGCGGUCCAUGGCCGACUACUCGCGCAAGCGCGUGCUGGACGACGAGGAGCUGGCCGAGCGCGCCGAGAAGAAGCGCCGCAAGGACGAGGACGACAAGCGCAAGAAGGCCGGCCUGUCGCGCGGCGUCAAGACCCUCGGCAAGGUCAACACGAGCGGCAUGAAGAAGAUGAGCGACUUCUUCAAGAAGAAAUGA